AUGGCGGACAACUCAAACACAAACCCUUCCACUGACGCCUCUGGAAACACCGUCACGGAUAAGACCAUGGGUGCUGCCAAAUUCUUCACAGGCGCAAUUGGCAACACAAUAGGCGGCGUGUCCCGCACAGCAGGAAACAUUACUGGUGCGGCUACGAAAGGUCUGGGAGAUACAAUUACGAAUGUCACGGGGGAAACUGGUAAACCACUUGGUAACGCCAUAGGAUCUCUCGGAGCCGGCGUCAACAACGGCAUGGGCGGUUUGGCAAAAGGUGUUGAAAAUGCUGGCCAAUGGAAGAGCCCAGUUGCAUCGGAUACUACAGAUACCAAAGUAACAAAGCAAUAA